AUGGAACCGGAGCCGACCCUUGCCUCUCUCCUUGAGGCUAUCAACACCCUCACCAGCCAGGUCGGGUCCUUGCAGGCCCAAAUCCACUCUCAAGGCCAACAGCUCUCUGAGCUCAAAGCCAUAUGCAAGGAGACCAACAACCUUGUUGGCAACAAAGACCAGGGCGGAGCCCAAGCCAAGCCUGGCCCAUCAACUGGGCCUGUCACCCCUCCUACCCAUUCAGGAGGGGAAGCCCACACUCCAGGCACGGUUAGGCCUGGCCUCAAGGCCCCCUUCCGCCCUUCAAGAGGAACAGGGUUUGACUCAGAAGAGGAGGAAGAACUUGGGCGAGCCCCCAAAAAGGAGCCUUGCGACACGCCUAAACGGAGCCUUAGCUCCCUCACCCCCUUCGAUUCAGGGUCCAGCGUAAAGCGGCCCAAAAUGGAGCUCCCAGACCCAUACAAGGGAGACUCCAGGGGACGGAAGGCAACCCAGUGGCUAGAUUGUAUGCUACUGUGGGUUGCACUUCAUCGAGACCAAUUCGAUGAAGAAGAACAAAUGGUUGUGUGGAUACUAUACCACAUGACGGACAAGGCAGCUGACUGGGCUCUCCCUAUCAUAGGGACCAUCAUCAAGGGCAAGGGAAACCCCCCUACCACCAUCUUGGCCUUAACGGCCAAAUUCAAAGAGGCGUUUGCCAACCCCGACGCUAAACGGGCAGCCGCCAGGAAGAUUGCCGCGCUGACUCAGACAACCACCAUGUCUGAGUAUGUUACCAAGUUCCGCAACCUUAUUGCAGAGCUUGAUUGGAAUGAGGAGGCAUACAUUGCCCAAUUCACACGUGGUCUUCAUUGGAAGGUGAAGGAACUCCUGUCCACCAAGGACAACAUCCCCAAUGAACUGGAGGCAAUAUUUGCCGCCUCCAUCAAGAUUGACAACACUCGUUGGGAAAACAAGGAGAAUCGCCCCAAAAAGGUCCCCACCAAGGCCCCGGUUGCCACAACUACCUCCACCACUACCACCAGGGUCCGCCUAUCCAAGGAUCCCAAUUACGUCACCCCAGAGGAAAGGGACCGCCGCCGCGCGUCUGGCCUUUGCGUCAAGUGCGGACAAAAAGGGCAUGGCAUCAAACAAUGCCCUAAUGGUUGGAAAGCCACAAUCAAGGAGGUGGCUAAGGUAGCAGAAGAGGAAGGGUCGGGAAAAGACUAA